UUAAACAUGGCGGCCUCCAUGAAAAUAACAGAUGCAGGUACAUCAGAGCAGCCAGUCCUAGAAUCUCUGAAUUUGCUGAGCCUGAGUAGUGAAGGUGAGAAGGAUUGUGAAAACGACACACUGGCCAUUAACACAUGUACAUGUGUUUUGUGUGAGGAAAGCUUUGAUAUCACAGAAGGAAACAAUGAUCUAUUGCGCCAUCUUCUGCUAUCACACAAACUCGUCAUUGCUGAAGUGCACCUUGUUGCAGAUUUGAAAAGGUACCUUGUGUAUUGGAAACAGCGAUUCAAGGAACAGCCAAUCACUGACUUCUGCUCGGUCAUCAAAACCAACACUGGGGAGAAAGAUAGAGACCCAUCAGAAGAUUACUACUUGCUGUGUGAUGUUUUACCAGAAGACAAAAGCUAUAGACACUACUUACAGAAGAGAAAACUGGAGGAAGUUAUCCAGCAGCAGCAGGCGGAGAGAGAUGAUGAGAAGUUUUGUCAGACCUGUCUAUUCUGUCGUACACAAUUCACCAAAAAGAGGUCUGAAUUACUGGACCACAUGGCACAUGAUCAUGGAUUCAGCAUCGGCCUCCCUAACAACCUGGUUUAUAUUGAUGAGUUGCUUGGGAAGUUACACGAGAAGUUGAACAAUCUUCAGUGUCUGUACUGUGAGAGGACCUUUCGUGACAGAGCCAUACUGAAGGAACACAUGAGAAAGAAACAGCACAAGAAAGUUAAUCCAAAGAACAAGACAUACGACAAGUAUUACAUCAUAAACUACCUAGAAAUGGGUAAGAACUGGGAGGCUAUACAACAGGAGAACGACCGUGAUAUGGUCAGUGACGACAGUACGGAAACUGAGGAUGAGUGGGAGGGGUGGCAGGAGGAGGCGGGGUCCCAAGCUGUCUGUCUCUACUGUUUGUUUUCCUCCAGUAACUCAGCAAAACUCAACGCUCAUAUGCAGGAACUUCAUGACCUUGACCUCCAAGACAUAAAACUGAGAAUGAAUUUAGAUUUUUAUCAACAAGUGAAGUUAAUCAACUUUAUACGGAGACAGGUCCACUUGUGUACCUGUAUUGGUUGCCAGGCUAAAUUUGAAGACAAGCAGGAACUGUUGGACCACAUGCACCAACUAGGUCACACAAAUCUGAUACCUGAAAUAGCUUUAUGGGAUCAGCCUCAGUAUUUCUUCCCUACCUACGAGAAUGACAACCUUCUGUGUCAGCUACAGGACGAUGACGGAGAGGACCAGUGGGCUGGUCAUGUGACCUGUUGCCAAGGCAAAGUGACAGUUAUUGCAGAGGAUGUUCCAGAUGUAGGACAGACCAUUUUAUCUGAAGAAAGGGUCAGACAGGAUAUAAUUUCCUAGCAGUGACAACAGGAACCCAGUCUUCUCUGAUACCCUCUUCCUGCGAAAUAUAGAGUCACCACCAGUCAGUCAUGAUAUCUAAGAUUGAUGAAUGUUUUUAGCUCAAUUGGUCAGAGGGACCGGUGAUCUUAAGCCAUGGCACAUCAUCUGUUGUCAGCAACUUUUCACUACUAGUCAUGAACCACUAAGCAGAUUUCAACCAAAUUUGAUAUGGAGCAUCCCUGGGUGAAGAAGAACCGAACUUGUAUAAUUGAUGGACUGUCCGCUAUGGACCCAUAUGUGAGAUGGUGUACAAAUGUAUAUGAUAUCGAAAAUAACUGAAUUGCGAUUUGUUUGCAAUUUAGAAAUCCUGUUAUUGACUGGCUUUGAGGACAAUAUGGAAUUUGUUAACAUGAAUAUCUGACUACAGCUCUUUACAGAGAUUAAAUUGUAUCUGAGGGUUCACAAUAAGAUAGGUUGUCCUCACAACCUGUUAUCAGCUGUCUUGC